CAAAGGCCCCGAAUAAAUACUCUCGUCCCUCUUCUUUUGGUUCCAUUGUCUGCUCAAAUUUGAUAGAUAAUCAAUUCAACAUGGAACAUCUCCGACAAAUCUUUGCCCUAUGCCAACAACAAGGCCGACCGGCAUUGGUCACAUACGUGACGAUGGGGAAACCCAGAUCCUGGCCGAUUGCAAGGCAGCUGGAGUCAACGGCUUCAUCAUCGUUGAUCUGCCUCCAGAGGAAGUGAUCCGAUUCCGCAACGGCUGCACAAAGACUGGACUCUCGUACGUCCCCCUGAUCGCACCCUCGACCACAGAAGACCGCAUGAAGAUUCUCUGCGGCAUAGCCGAUUCCUUCAUCUAUCUCGUCUCGCGCAUGGGUGUCACGGGCGCCACCGGAUCCCUCAAUGCAGACCUCCCUGCCCACAUCAAGCGUGUUAAGGAGCUGUCCAGCAAUGUGCCCGUGGCCGUUGGGUUUGGCAUCAGCACCCGUGAGCAUUUUAAAUGUGUGACCUCCGUUGUGGAUGGCGCCGUUAUUGGUAGUCGGAUCAUUGCGGUGCUGGCUGAUGCCCCGGCCGGGCAGGCUGCCAGGACAGUCGAGGAUUACUGCUCGCAAAUCACGGAAAGGAGUGUCACCCGGGAUUACAGCGGCACGACGGCUACGACCGUGGUGGAAAGCAGCGAGGCAACAACAACAACAACAACAACAACUGCGAUAGAUGGGACAGAACGGUUCGGCGUUUUCGGUGGCCAGUAUGUCCCCGAGGCCUUGACGACCUGUCUAGCAGAGCUAGAGGCCGGGUUCCAGUCGGCGCUGGAAGAUCCCACGUUCUGGGAGGAGUAUCGCUCUUACUAUCCCUACAUGGGCCGGCCGUCCAGUCUGCAUCUGGCCCAUCAAUUGACCGAGCAUGCUGGUGGAGCGAAUAUCUGGCUAAAACGGGAGGAUCUCAAUCAUACGGGUUCCCACAAAAUCAACAAUGCCCUAGGCCAAAUCCUGAUUGCGCGUCGGUUGGGGAAGACUGAAAUCAUCGCCGAGACCGGCGCAGGCCAACACGGUGUCGCGACUACCACUGUGUGCGCUAAGUUUGGCAUGAAGUGCACGAUCUAUAUGGGUGCUGAAGAUGUCCGUCGCCAGGUAUUGAAUGUCUUUCGGAUUCGGUUGCUGGGCGCCACGGUUGUCCCUGUGGAGGCUGGAUCGCGCACGCUUCGGGACGCCGUGAACGAGGCCUUUCGCGCAUGGAUUGUGCGGUUGGAUACUACACAUUACAUUAUCGGCUCUGCGAUUGGGCCUCAUCCUUUCCCUACAAUCGUGCGCACGUUCCAGUCGGUCAUUGGGGACGAAACCAAGGCGCAGCUGAAAGAGCUGGGCAAGAGUCUGGACGCCGUGGUUGCUUGCGUUGGAGGAGGCUCGAAUGCGGUGGGCAUGUUCUACCCCUUUUCAUCGAUUCCCUCCGUUCAGCUCGUCGGGGUGGAAGCCGGCGGAGAUGGUCUGGACACGGCGCGGCAUUCAGCUACCUUGAGCGGUGGUUCCGUCGGUGUCUUACAUGGUGUUCGGACGUACGUCCUACAGAACCAACAUGGCCAGAUCUCCGAUACGUAUUCCGUUUCCGCGGGGCUGGACUACCCUGGCGUUGGACCGGAAUUGGCUCAGUGGAAGGAGAGCAACCGUGCGACCUUUCUCUCGGCCACUAACGCGCAGGCCUUUCAGGGUUUCCGACUUCUGAGCCAGCUGGAAGGUAUUAUUCCGGCAUUGGAGACCGCACAUGCGGUAUGGGGGGCGAUCGAGACCGCUAAGCAGCUAGGACCCGGCAAGGACCUUGUGCUGUGUUUGAGUGGCCGGGGUGAUAAAGACGUACAGAGCGUGGCGGAUGAGUUGCCCAAGAUCGGGCCUCAGAUUGGAUGGGAAUUGCGCUUCUGA